UCCUCACACUCUGCUGCCUCCAAAUGGAUCCUAUUGACUGAGCUGCAGGGCUGAUGAAUGGCAGAAAAAUGUCCUGGAUGCUUCACUGUGUUUUGUUUUUUGUGGGCUGGCAGCGGACCGGCCGGUGACACCGCUGAGCAUUAACCAGAAGCUUGGCGAUGCUUCUUGCACUUUGGAGCAGCUUCCAGCGGAGACCGAUGCAGCAGGUGUAAGUGAAGCCAGAUCACGAUGCUGCAGUGGGGAAUCCUGAGGUGGUACCAUGUGUUUGCACUGGUCCUGUGUGUUUCAACCAGCGAGGACUUUGACUGGACCAAGAACGACCGGACGUUUUUCUACUACGGAACCUUCCCAACCGGUUUCUCUUGGGGAGCCGGCAGCUCUGCCUAUCAGACCGAAGGAGCCUGGAACAUAGAUGGAAAAGGAAUGAGCAUCUGGGACGCAUUCGCCCACAAAAAGGGGAAAAUAUUAUAUAACGACACAGGAGACGCUUCGUGUGAAGGUUACUACAAAUUCAAGGAUGACAUCAACCUGAUGAAGGACAUGAAGCUGAAUCAUUACCGGUUCUCCAUCUCCUGGCCGAGGCUUUUACCCAGCGGACUGAAGAGUGAACACAUCAACGAGAAAGGUAUCAAAUACUAUGACGACCUGAUCAACAUGCUGCUGGAAAAUAAGAUCACCCCCAUAGUGACUCUGUACCACUGGGACUUACCUCAGGUGCUGCAGGAUAAAUACGGCGGCUGGCAGAAUGUCAGUAUGGUCAACUACUUCAACGACUUCGCUAACCUGUGCUUCGAACGGUUUGGAAACAGAGUCAAGUACUGGAUCACCUUCAAUAACCCCUGGUCCAUCGCUGUGGAGGGAUACGAAACAGGAGAACAUGCUCCUGGAAUGAGGCUGAGAGGAACCGGAGCCUACAGAGCUGCUCACAACAUCAUCAAGGCCCAUGCUAAAGUCUGGCAUACGUACGACAUGCAGUGGAGGAGCAAACAGAAAGGCCUGGUGGGCAUCUCUCUGACGGCCGACUGGGGGGAACCGGUGGACAUCUCCAACCAGAGAGACAUCGAGGCAGCAGAGAGGUACAUCCAGUUCUACAUGGGCUGGUUCGCCACGCCUGUCUUCCACGGAGAUUAUCCACAGGUCAUGAAAGAUUACGUAGGCAGGAAAAGUGGCCAGCAGGGCCUCGGAGCUUCUCGGCUUCCUGUCUUCUCGCCUCAGGAGAAAAGUUACAUCAAAGGUACCUGUGACUUCCUGGGCCUCGGACACUUCACCACCCGAUACGUCACCCAGAAGAACUACCCUUCAGGAGUAGGAGACAGCUAUUUCGCUGAUCGAGACCUGGCCGAGCUGGUGGACCCCCAGUGGCCGGAUCCUGGAUCUGAGUGGCUCUACUCCGUUCCAUGGGGCUUCAGACGCCUGCUGAACUUCGUCAAGACUCAGUAUGGAAACCCGAUGAUCUAUGUGACAGAAAACGGAGUCUCAGAGAAGAUGCUGUGCACGGACCUGUGUGACGACUGGAGGAUGCAGUACUACAGAGACUACAUCAAUGAGAUGCUCAAAGCCAUGAAGGACGGGGUGAACGUGAAAGGAUACACCGCCUGGUCUCUGCUGGACAACUUUGAGUGGGAUGAAGGAUACUCGGAGAGGUUUGGUCUCUUCUACGUCGACUUCAGGAACAAGAACAAACCCCGAUACCCGAAGGCCUCGGUCCAGUACUACAAACGCAUCAUCAGCUCUAACGGCUUCCCCAAUCAGAGAGAGGUGGAGAGCUGGAAGAGGAAAGCUGUGGAGACAUGCUCCUCCAGUAACCAGCUGCUGGCUGCAGACCCUCUGAUCGGACACAUGGAGAUGGUGACGGAGAUCGUGGUUCCUACAGUCUGUACGCUCUGCAUCCUUCUCAGCGCCAUCUUCCUCAUGUUCCUGCUGCGUGGACGCCUCUGAACACCAAAAACCAUCCUCUGGUUCUCAUCGAUCAGAAGAAACGAACCUGAGAGUCACUCCAAAGCUGUAAAUCUCAUCCUGUCCAGAGCCUUUUGUAGAUUUAACUGUCCUUUUUUCCAGAGUCAGAACCAGCCAAAACCUGUCUGGAAGAACAAUUUCAAGCUUAGUACAUGAUUAUUAUUAUGAUUAUUUUUUAAAGAACUGGUCUUGUGUGGUUUUUGAUGUAGCUUUAUUUUUAUAGCUACUCGGGCUGCAGAGAGGAGUUGGUUUACUGUCAACAAGUUUGUAAAAUCAAUAAUUAAGCUUCAA